AUGAUAGCAGAAGUUCUCCUGGUGCUGGCCGGGCACUCUUCCUCGCUAUUUCCGACGGACCACAACGUCCACCCAGCAUUCUCUCCCCUGUUACACCCUGGAGAACAGCAAUGUCUGGAAUCUUUGGGCCAGAUCGCGGUUCGAUACCGAAAGAUCAAGGUGGCAUGCUCUGCGCUCUCUCGUUCACAGUCACGCUAUAUCUCUGCGCUAUGCGCGACACUGAACGAAAUUCUCAAAGAUGACUAUGAGAACUUAGUCGUCGAAACAGAAGCCAAGGUAUUGAAGCGGGAUCCUGGUCUCGUUGCCACCGGGUCGUUCGUACCUCUGUCUUCCAUCCGAGCCACAUUCGCCGAGUGGGACGCACCUCUCGCCGCCCUGGAGACCCUCUUCGAAGAGUUGCAGACACAAACAAAUUGGCAUCCUGGGCCUUUGAUCGAUCUCCUCCAGAAGCGGUCACAUACUGGAAUUCACCGGAUCGCAUGUAUCCUGGCUCGUCUAUGCGAAGCGGUGCAGCGGGUCUGGAUGGCGCGGCUCCAAGCGUUCUUGAUACAUGGCACAGUAACGGAAAAAGACCCACUAACCGACAAAGACUAUACGUUACUGGAAGGCGCAGUACCAUCUUGUCUGUCUUCUCAGUCACGAGAGUCCAUAGCUUACGUCGGUCGGGCGAUCGGUACAGUCAAAGCCGCAAAAUGGGAACGUCAAUUUCCGCGAGAGCUAGCCAUGGAGCACAGCAAGUUGUUGGAGGGUGUAUUGCCCCAAGAACAGUAUGCCUUCGACCGUGUGAUCGCUGACAUCAGGACGACCGUUAGCGAGUGGUUAUGGCUCAACGUCCUCACGCAGAAAGACGUUGAUGUUGCUGUUGAGUCGCUUGCUAACUACUUCUUGCUCCGGAACGGGGAGUUCGCGCUAUCACUCAUUCGUGAGGUUGAACGCUUGAAGAUCUCGCGUCUCACAGGCCGCUCAGGACCCACAACCAUGAUCAGGGAGCAAGAUCUGCAUCUUGCCCUUCUUCGUGCGUCACUGGGUACAACAGCACAACAGGAUCCGUCGCUCUCUCAUCUCCGCUUCCGCCUCCCAUCAGGACCCUUACGCCCACUACUACCUUCGCUUGCCACGGGCCCCGCCAAGGACCUAUCAGCGUCACUUUCGACAGUCGAAGCGACCAGCUUCGAUGACCUGCUCCUUGGCACGCCUCUCGUUCUGACAUACAGUGUUGCUUGGCCCCUGGAUCUCUUCCUGCAUUCGUCGGAUCUCCAGAUCUACGGCGCCCUGUUUGCCUACCUAUCUGCGCUUCGCAAGACCCACACGCGCAUCCAUACCUGCUGGACAUCCCUAUCGAACGCCCAGCGUGCACGUCGCCGAUGGACAGGCCUAGGAGAAGGUGGUACGGCCGAGGAUCUCGAAGUCCGAAAGGAACUCUUGCGUUUCGGGUGGGGUGUAGUGCGAGAGAUGAGCUGGUUCCUCGACACCCUCCUGGGCUAUGUCAUGACGGACGUUGUAGACGUCGAGUUCAGGAGACUGAAGGGGUUACUCUUGGAGAAGACGUCGGGAAUUGUCAGGCAGCCGACCGGUACACGGCCUGCACCAACCGACACAGAUGCCGACCCGCCCUUUGGGACCUCUCAUUCCUCAUCAACCAUCCCUGCGUCCUCAAGCGGGGCUUCCCAUCCCCCCACUUCUGCGCCGUCCCAGCUGGACUUCACCACCCUGCGUAACAUCCACACCACUUACCUCGAGCGCCUUCUCACUGGUAGCCUGCUGUCAAAUCCUGCCUUGACGGCGAUCAUUCGAUUAAUCCUGGAGAUCUGCGAACGGUUCGUUGCGCAAGUCGAGAGAUGGGGAGGAGAUAUUCUUCCGGCUCUUCUCUUUGAAGGAAGCCUUGCGGGCGGCGAUAGAGUGGGUAAAAUGGUCAAGGAACGGCGGACCAUCGUGGCUGAGAUCAAUGAGACGCUACAUUCACUCUUGAGUUCAUUUUAUGAGCAAUUGUCACUCUCGACAACACAGCAACCUCUCUCCGCGGUCACGGAUGCAUCGAAGUCGAUGACUCAGAACGCGAGCAUGGCGAAUGCCUCGAGUUUCCGUACCUUCCUCCGUCCGAAACGCGGCAAACGCCUUGCAGGGGAUGAAGAGGUCCGUCGGCACGUAGAACGCCUGCUUUUGCGCCUGGAUUUCAACGGCGGCUUCUCGAAGCCGACACGGAACGUAAGAAUACCUGCGAGCGAGACGGAGGAGAUAUUGAAGCAAGGCGGGCUCGCGUAG